AUGGAUGAUUCGAGAGUGGCAAAGUGCACCUAUGGUGCUGGAACUUUAAUGGUUAUUUUAUCUUCAACUACUACUUUUGAUUGGUUGUCCAACGAGUUGUAUAGUAGGUUUAAGCUUAUGUUAGGUCAUUUUGAGUUGAGGUACUCCUUUAUAGAUUGCUCCAAUUGUUUGUUGGAAUCGGAUGAUGAUUUGAAAGUCAUGUUUAUGGUAUGUGGACUGAUGAAGGAUCAAUUAAUUCACAUUUAUGUUAGGGAUAAGGCUGUAGUAGUGAAUUAUGUUCAAACAGUUAAUACGAACAUAAUUGCCUCUCCUUUUUUGUUGGAGGCUGUUCCUAAUAAUGACAAUUUUGCACAAGAUGAGGAUACAUGUAAAGAUUCAAGUGUGGCUGGUAGUAUUGUUGAUUCCAGUGCAGGUUCUUCUUCUUGUUUGAGUAUAGAUUUUGAUAGUACUAGCAGUGAGUUUGGAAAUGAUUAUUUAGGCAAAUAUGGUAGUUGUGGAGGUCGUAAGUAUUUGUCUACUGAUUGGGAGGGUUAUAUUAGUCAUGAGGGUCAGAAGUUUGAGGGUGGAGUUUCUGAAUUCCGCGAUAAGUUGGCUAAGUACGUGAUUGAGAAUGGUUUUAAGAUGAAGUAUUUGAAAAGUGAGCCUCGUCGCGUUACUGCUGUGUGUGCUAAGAAGGAAUCAGAUGGCUGUGAGUGGCAUGUGCAUGCUGUUAAUUCUAAUGUAAAUGGAUUCUUUUAUAUUAAGAAUUUAAAUAACAUACACAGUUGCACUGGUUUGAUCCGAAAGAAGAGAAAUAAGGCAAUGGGGUCGCGUUUGGUGUCUUCAAUUGUCAAGGAUAAAGUUCGUAGCAAUCCUUUGGUAAGGCCAAUUGAGCUGAUUACUGAUUUGAAGGAAAAUUAUGGAUUGGAUAUCCCUUAUCAUGUUGCGUGGUAUGGGAAGGAGUCGGCUACUAAGGAUUUACAUGGUGAUGAGGAGUUGUCUUAUGCUCACCUGCCUUGGUAUGUGGAUGUUUUGAAGGCCAGCAAUGUCGAAUCUCAUUGUGUGCUUGACUGUGGCGAGGAUGGUUCUCAUUUCCAGCGGAUCUUUAUAUGUUUCAAGGCCUCCAUUGAUGGUUUUCGAUGGUGUAGGCCUAUGCUGUUCAUUGAUGGUACUUUUGUCACAAACAAGUACAAGGGUACUCUUCUAGGAGCUACUGCAAAUAAUGGAAAUAAAGAGGUAUUCCCUUUUGCCUUUGCGAUUGUAUCUGGUGAAACUGUGGACAAUUGGAGGUGGUUUCUGCAAAGGAUAUCUGAAGUCUUGGUGGAUGAAGGUAGGCAACUUACAUUCAUUUCUGAUAGGCAUGGUGCUAUUAUCGAUGCUGUUAGGACUGUUUUUCCUUCUUCUCCCCAUGGUUUUUGUCUAUAUCAUUUGAAAGACAACUUGAAAAAGAAGUAUCCGCAUUCUGUUGGUUCCUCUUUCAAGGAUCAUAUUUUAUGGCUUUUUUGUAAGUUGUUGUAUGCACCGACUGUUAAGGAGGUGCGUAGGCCUCCAAUUUAUGAGCUGAUUGACACUAUUAGGAUCAAAAUGAUGGAGAUGAUUUCUAGGAGGAAGCUUGCAUCCGAGAAAUGGUGUAGUGUUUUGUGUCCGGUUAUUGAGGAUGAGUUGAAGAAUUUAGCUUCAAAGGGUCGUCAUUGGAGGAUAUGUCGCGCGAGUGAAUCUGUAUUUGAAGUUCAUGCUGAUUUGAGUGUUAUGGUCAAUUUGGACGAGAGGUUUUGCUCCUGUUAUCAGUGGCAAUUGCUUGGGUUUCCAUGUCAGCAUGCAAUUCAAGUUAUCCAUCAUUCCGGGUUGUGUUUGUACGACUUUGUUGAUGAGUAUUACAAGGCAGACUUUUAUAGGGCUACUUAUGGAACCCCUAUAUUUCCCAUACCUGAUAUUGAGAAGCCUCCUCCUGGAGAUGUUGUUCUUCUGCCUCCUCAUACAAGAAAGCCUCCGGGACGACCUCCAACAAAGCGCUUCAAGUCAAGCAGUGAAACUAAACGGCAAGUGAAGUGCAAGAGAUGCGGUGCUUUUGAUCGUCACAAUAGGAGGACUUGCAAGGCCCCUAUUUGA